CUCGCCGCCGCCGCCAUUUAUUCCUUUCCAGUGUAUCACCACGGUCGCAGUGACAGCGUCUUGUAAUAUCGCGAAAGCUAAUUUUUUAUGUGAAAAUUAUGUAUUAAUCUUCCACGAACGACGUCGUUUUACUUGUGUGUGAUCCUUAGUUGUUAACGAUGAGAGUUUGUGUGUGAUAUUAUUGAAAAUGCUACGUGUUUAAUGGAAAUGUGUGUUUCGUUUCCACAUCUGUUGUCAACAAAAAACGUGGAUUAUGCAAGUUGGAGUGAGAUGUGAACGAGUAUUAGUCAAUUGACUAUGAGGGUUAUAAAAUAAUGCGGUGGCUGCACAAAAUAUUGGCGCUGGCAAUAAUUUGCGCAGCAGCGGAGGGCUUCGUCUGCCCUUCCACUUGCAACUGCACCAAGACCCGUCUUGUGUGCUCCGGCACCGCCGUCCCCAACAACAAACUUACGCGCGCAGUCCUCGCCGACUAUGGAACCGCUCUACAAGAUAUCAUAUGGACAAAUUCCAACAUACAAAUCUUAGAAUCGGACCUCUUCAUCGGGCUAGAAAAUCUAGAGUACAUCGACAUCAGCAGAAACGAAAUCAAAAGAACUGAACACGGGCUAUUCACGGGACUGAAUCGAUUAAAACAUUUAAAUAUAUCCAGAAACCAAAUUUACGAUAUACCUAGAUUCACUUUCGUAGAUUUAGAAAACUUAGAAGUCUUAGAUGUAUCGCAUAAUAAAUUACAAGCCAUCCCAUUCCAGGUCUUCGGGCCGAUGACGAGAUUGCACUAUUUAGAUAUAUCUAAUAAUAAAAUAGUUACUUUCUUAGACUACUAUUUUAAACCUAAUCGUCAACUGAAAACACUGUUCCUAAAUAAUAAUAGCCUAGUCAAAAUUACGUCUAAAGCUCUAGUCGAUUUGAAGGAAUUAGAGAUUCUCGAUAUUUCUUACAACAAUUUGGAUAACUUUCCAAGACAGUUAUUCGAGACCUUGCUAGAGCUGCGAGAGUUGAAUUUAAGCUACAAUAAGUUUCAAAACAUAUCACAAGAUGCUUUUAAAAGUCUGGAAAACUUAAGAUUAAUUAAUAUGGGAGGAAACAAGUUAAGACUGCUGCCCCCGACGCUCUUCCAAUAUAACGAAAACUUGAUAACAAUCUACCUCGAUCAUACCGAAAUAACAGUGAUACAGAACACAAAUUUUCAAGGGCUGGAUAAACUGCAACAUUUGUAUAUACGGAAUAAUUUUUAUUUACGAGAAAUAGAAGCUUUUGUAUUCCAAGAUACGCCUUCAUUAACCCAUCUAAAUAUAAGCAAUAAUUCGUUAACGUAUUUGCCGCUCUCUUUGAAAAUGUUGGAUAAAUUAGAAGAAUUAAGUAUAGGAGGGAAUCCAUGGGCGUGCGACUGUCGAAUGGAAUGGUUCGUGAGCUGGGCUGAGAGGAGACUCAACAUAAUAAAGUCAGAUCUGAGCUGCACACACACUUAUCCCAAUGACAUGUUAACCAUUUUGAACAACACGAACUGCAAAGCGCCGCACCUCGUGAGCAGUAGCCCCUUGACGUUAUACAGAUUGCAAACGAGCGCUCUUUUAGAAUGCAGAUUCGAAGGCAAUCCGAUGCCUUCGAUCACUUGGAUUACACCAACCCGUCAAGUUUUUCAUUGGAACCCCGAACCAUCGAUUCCUGAUAUAUUCUACAAGCACGGUGUCGCCCACGAUCAGUAUUAUAAACCCAUCGACUAUACGACAUCGAGAGUGACCAUACAAGACGAUGGAUCUCUAAGUAUAACGGAUAUUCAUAGAGAGGAUAGUGGAACUUAUACAUGUUAUGCUACGAAUCCGUCGGCUAAUGUAACCGCCGAGAUCGUUCUCAACAUAGAUCCUAUGACAAUGUUUGAAAUUAAGAUGUAUAGUUUAUUGUGUGGAGCGAUUUGUGCGGCAGCUUUUCUCGGUCUCACUCUGCUAGUACAGGCUUUGCGUUACAUAUUCUACAGGUUCCGUUUGCUAGAAACUUGCUGCAGUUGUUGCACUUGUGUUAACAGAGACGCGCCACGAACGCGCCAAAUUUACAGUAUGUUGGAUAAUAUAGAACAGUAUAAACGGUUGCAGUUAGAAAAACUAAGAGAGAAUUACGCGGUACAGGUGCAUCGAAUAAAAGAGAACUGCACUCAACAAAUGGAAUGGAUUCAGACCAGUUAUUCAUCGCAAGCUGCACACCUACGCAACAUUAGGGACAUCGGCACCAAUCAUCUGAGCGCCAUGCGAGACCAGUACUACGAUCAGGUGAAACGCGUUCGAGAAUAUUCAACGUGUCAAUUGAACUGGGUGCGCGAAAACUACGUGUUCCAGAGGAACAAAAUACGAAAGUUUAGCGCGCACCAGGUGCUGAGACUGCGCGAGUCGUACAAAUAUCAGCAGCAGACGCUCAACAAGGUGCUCGAGAACCUGCCGAGCCUCUACUUCGAGAACUGCCGCAGCGGCUCGUGCGGCCGCAGCGACUCGAUGGCGUUCGACCCGGACGUCGAGGUGAUCGACAUGUACCUAAAGACGAAACUCGAGAAGCUGUCGAGCCUGCCGAACCCGAUCGACGACGAGAGCCGGAUGUCCGUGUACUACACGCCCACCGAGCGGUCGGUUAACUCGCGGCGCAACUCGCCCGUCACGUUCCCGGAGGGCAUCCACAUCAACAUGAUCGAGCGCGGGCCGCCGCCGCGCCUGCUGGCCAUGAUCCGGCCGCUGCCCGCGCCGGAGCAGCCGGUGGGCGCCGGGCCGAGCCCCACCACGUCCAAGGCGAGCACGAGCGCGCGCGCGCACGGGCAGGAGGCCAAGCCGGCCAGCGAGCCGCUGCUGGGCGGCGCGCGGGACGCGGCGCGCGGGCUGGCGGCCAGCGUGAGCUCGCCCGAGCUGCGCGGCGCGGGGGCGCACGAGGGGGGGGCGCGCGUGCUGCUGGCCGUGGAGCUGGCCCGGCCCGAGUGCCAGCUGCGCCACCCGCCCGGCCGGCUCGUGUGCGGCGACUGCGCGGGGCCGUGCGAGAACACGCCCUUGUAGUACAGGCUGUUGACGCGUGUGUUCGAGAUCUACGCGUUCGGCCGGCCGGCCCGUCGUCUCGACGACAUCCGCCUCUGCGACUUCUCCGAGUCGCCGUCCUACGUGUGAUCGUGUGAGCGCUUCUCGCGUCGGGUGAGAGACAAUUGGGACGAUGGAACCGCUUGUACUUCUAAGUAAGCUGUGAUAGUUUAGAUUCGAAUUAACGUAUUAGCGAAAUUUGAUUUCUCCUAGUGGUAGGUUAAGGGAGCCCCGCGAUCGGCUCGUCGGUCUAGCGUCGGAAAGUAUGUAAGCGUUCUGUGGGUAUUAGAAAUCUUGUAAAUAACUUUUUUUUAUUUUAACCGUUUUUUUAUUUCCAUUUCGACGUAUUUUAGGGUAACGUUUGAGAAAUAUGCAUUUUGUAUUCGUUCAGUCGACUUAAAGAAGCGUAGUUGAGGCGAGGUUUGAGGAAGUUGUUAUCUCCAUUGUUGUAAUUGUUGCGAGGUUGCUGUAAAUUGGUGUAUCGUAUCACAUUCGAAAGACUCACGUUUCCUUCUGUCCAUCUCAUUCGGUCUCCUAAUUCUUAUAUUUAUAGAUUCAUUUUUCUAUGUAUGUGUAAUUUAACGGAUGCCGACUUUGCUAUUUAUAUAUUGUACAUAUUAUAUUCUGUGACACCGUCGUAUGUACCGCGUCUUACAGUGAUAUGCCAAAUGCUACAAACCAGCAAUGAUUAUAUUGUAUAACGUUUCUUAUUAUAAAUAUACAAAUAUUGUUGAAGAUUUUCUAAAUAUUAUAAAAACAAGAAUAAUUAGCGAAUCAUGAAGAAUAAAUUAUUUUUCAAUGUA